AUGGCUGAAGAUGACAAGGGAUAUGGACCUUGGAGCAGGGUUCCGGUUUGGGAUGGUUCGCCGUUGACGUGGCGACGCUUCAGAAGGGAUGUUACCUGGUGGCUGAGCAGUUUGGACCUUUCGAAGACGACUGGAUAUAACCUGGCAGCCAGGUUCCUUCUGAGGCAGGAUGGCAUUGCUCGUCAGAGAGGUGAAGAAUUUUUGCCAGAAGAGCUUGCAUAUGUUCCACCGGCGAAGUUGGUGGACCCCGACAAUGGAGAGGAGAUGGAUGAUCCAGAUGCGGUGCCUGACUAUUUAGUGGGUGUCAACAAGUUGAUGAGAGCCUGGGAGGAAAUGAACGGGCGAACCGCCCUGGACAAAAGGGGCGAAUUGCGCCAGGCCUUUUACAUGGACUUGACUCGGAAAGCUGGAGAACGAGUGAGUGAGUUUUGCACUCGCUACAGAUCCCUGGUAGCUGACCUGAAGGGCGAAGGCGUUUUGAUUGGAGAUGCUGAGUUGGGGUGGUGGCUGAGACAGAAGAUGGGACUGGACCCAUUGCGAAAGCAGCUUUUGGAUACAGCACUUCAAGGAAGUGAGGACUAUGGCACCAUUGAAGCAGAGAUCUUGAGGUUGUUUCGAGAUCUCCAUGACAAUGACCCUUUGUAUCGCAGGAUGGAGAACCGACAGCCUUUGACCAUCCGGCGAAUGUUUGGUGCACGUUCCUCUCCCUCUACGUCCUCAGCUCCAUCAACCUUCUCUCGUAUGACCUCAGCGUCCUCCAUGAAUAGACCUUCCUCUUUGAAGUCCUCUUCUCACCCCCGUCAAGCCAAUGUGACCGAGAAUGUUGACGAAGAUGCGGAUGCAGACGCCGAAGUUCCGGCGGGUGAGUCGCCUGAUGGAAAUGAUGAUGCAGGUGGCCAGACGUUGGAAGAAAUCCUACAGACUGAGGCUGAAGUGUUGGCAGCCGAACUCCAUGAAGCUGAGCAAGAAGGUGUGGAUCCCCAAGUUUUAGAUAACUUGGAAUCUGGCAUAGAACAGGCGGCGGAGACCCUGGUGACCAUGCGUGAAGCCAGGCAACAGCUGCAAUCUGUGCGAAAGGAUCGUGGAUAUGGGAAGUCUGAUGGAUCCAGCUUCAAGCAUAGCGGAAGUUCUCAAGCAGCUAGCCGAAAGGCCUCAGGAAAAUUUCCUUGCUAUGACUGCGGAGAGAGCGGUCACUGGGCAGGGGACUCCAUUUGCAAGAAGCCUGGUCAAGGCCUUGGUCGAAAGAAACCUGACAUUUCCAAGAAGCCGAUGCGACAGGUUCGUGUUGCCGAACAUGAUGGCAGUUCGAGCCCACAUGCUGCGCCGAAUGUUCAUGGUGCCAAUGUGGUGGAGCAUGCGCUCCCAGCCCACGAUGUGCUUGUGACUGAAGCGUUGCUGAGUGGAAAGACUGCUAUGUGCGGGCCGGUGCAUGGAUCUGAAGCUCUCAACUUGGAGCAAGCCCUCACCCAAUCUGUUUCUCAGGGUAUUCCCACGGCCAAAGCUUCUGAUGUUCUUCCCCCAGACAAAGAAUUGGUAGGAGCACUGGAUUCAGCAUGUAAUAGAACGUGUGCGGGACCUGAUUGGUUGCGAGGGUAUUUAUUGAAACUGCAGCAAGCCCCCAAUCACAUCAAGGACCUUGUGCAGAUGCAUGCAGAGUCAGAGAAUUUUCGUUUUGGAAACAGUGGUGUUGUGCUUUCUCUUCAGCGAUGGCGUCUUCCAGCUCUCAUAGGGGAAACUUUGAUUUUGGUUUGGAUUUCUAUGGUUCCAGUGAGCACUUUGGGAUGUUUAAUUGGACGAGAUCUACUAGAAUCUAUUGGGGCUGUUUUGGACUUCCACAAGCGCACUCUCACUUGCAACCACAUCGCUUCUGGUGUCUUGCAGCUGCGUCAAAUGGUGGCAGGUCAUUUUCUCCUCGAAUUGCUGCCGAGCGGGGAUGCCUGCUGGAGUGCGCCAGCCCAGGAACCGGGAAAGUGGCGAAAAUGUGGUCAAGAUGGUGUUGUUGAACUUUGGAUGUCUAGGCUACAGUGGGUUCAAUAUCAACUUCAUCGCAAACCUUUUCUGAAGUUCAAAGAGACAGAGCAUUUGCUAGUGGAGUCAAGUUUGCAAGCAUGUCGUUUUGUUUUGGAUGUGAGUCCUGCAGAGUUGCCGUGCACUUCUCAACCUUCAUCAUUGAAUUUGACUUCGGCUCGAGUUCCUUUGAAGAAGCGGCGAUUGCGACGCGCUCGAACCCAUGCAAGUCGUCGACAGUCCCUCGACCUUGGUGUUGGGACGAUGGCAGCGGCUGGUGAGUCGCAUGGUGCAUCGCCGCGCAUGGCACGACAACGGGCUCCUGCUUUGGGUCUUACAAAGGCCUUACUUGCGGGCUGGGCAUUGCAAGUCGAAUCUAUGCAGAAUCAGAAGACUUGGCCUGCUGCUCACCUGCGAAGGGCACUGAGGAAGAUGGAUGCUUCAGUUCUUUCGGAAUGCCUGUGGCUUCGCGAUCGAAUUGGCUUUCGCUUGGCCUUCCUGGAGGAUCCUAUGAUUGGCAACAUCUUGAUGAUCCAAGGCUUUCGUGGUCAGAAGUCAGCAAUACACCGCGAAGCCAUGAAACACACCCAGGAGAUGGCGGAGAAACAGCGGAAGUCAGGCAAGGAGACGGAGCACACCAAGGACUUGAUUGGUCCCAGAGGUGGAUUACCCACCUUGAAGAAGGACUUGGUGGCCCUGGCAACGCUGCUGCACUUGCCAGUGGGAGAGAAGGACACGGUGGAUAUCCUCAAAGACAAGAUCCGUGGCCCCCUGGCGACAGUGGUUGGAAGUUUGAAGGACCGCGACAAGCGUUCCAGAGCCUCCCAAGAUGCUUCCAAGGAAGAGUCCAUGAAGCCUGUGUCACCACCACUGGUGAAGGCGAAGGCGCCGUGUCCACAACCAAGCCAUGCUUCAGCACCUUCCGAAGCAGUUGGCGCCACCGAGAUUGCAGCCUUGGAAGCACGACUUCAUCAAAGCAUCGAACGCCAAGACCAACGCGUUCAAGAGAUGCUGAAGCAGCUGGUGGAUUUGAUGCAGCUGAAUCCUCUAGCCCUCCAGGGCAUGCCGGCCAAUUGGACUUUGGGCCCCAUGCCAGCAACUCCAGACUUCCAGAUGGAGGACGAGGAUGCCAUCGAUCAGACAGCCCGCGAGAUGGGAGUCACCAGAGAAGAAGUCCUUCAGCUGAAUGCCGAGCACAUGGUGGAAUUGGCGGAGGAACAGUUGAAGGGUGGCCCCAGCGAGCGUUGA